UUGGAUUCGAAGUAAACAGAUGCACACUUGCUAAUUAUUAUUAAUAUGUUCACCGUAGUCUGAAUGAUGUGCUUUUUUUGUAUGGAAUAACAGACACCAACUCUUUAAGUCACUGAAAGUUGCUGAACUUCUCUCUACGAUCAGUUUGUUGCGUUAUAACAUCAUGUGGUCUGUGCUUUGAUUCGUGAUUAAAUUAAAAAUAAUUUAAGUACACUUAAUCAAAUGGAAAACUGUGGACAAACAGUAUGGAUUGUGUUGCGGCUGGAGGAAACGUAAAAGGUAAGAACUGAACAAAUUCUUCACAGCGGACCUGCUCUUCCGUUCAGCGGAAUGGAACAGAACGCAGGAUGACGCGUUUUAAAACGCAACGCUGAUGGCGCGAAACGUAACGGCCGUCAAAUCAAUGUGAAGAACGCGUCUUGUGUGAGCAUCUCCUAUAUGUGUGCCAUGUGUAACGUCUAUAAAGUCUUAUAUAAAAGUUAUAAUGACGUAAAUUGACUUACUGGUUAGUAACCGCACUAAUAUUUAUUAUAGUUUUAGCAAAAGCCAUACAUUCCCUGUCAAGGAUCGGAGAGGAGCUGUCCACUGGAGGAUGGGGUAUGUAUUGUGUAGGUUUCCUGUGUCUAUUCAUGAAAUUGUGGUAUCUUUGUGAGUAUUGAUGCUGGCUACCACCCCUGGAGUCGCAAGUUCGAAUUCAGCCAGGUCUCCUAAGCAACCAAAUUGGCCGGUUGCUAGGGAGGGUAGAAUCACAUCGGGUAACCUCCUCAUGAUCGCUAUAAUGUGUGAUUCUCGGUGGGGCACGUGUUGAGUUGUGCAUGGUUGCUGCGGAGAAUAGCAUGGGCCUCCACACGCCGCAACGUCUCCACGGUAACAUGCUCAACAAGCCACGUGAUAAGAUGCACCGAUUGACGGCCUCUGACGCGGAGGCAACUGAGAGUCGAAUUGGGGAGGGAAAAAAACAUUAAAAAAAUGGAUGAAACACAAUAUGAAAUGGCAUUCACAGCAGUUCACUUCUAUAAUGUGACAUGUUUUGCAGGGGUGCAGAGUCAAUGUGGUAAGUGGGGGAACUCGGGAUGACUCGAUGAUACUUGGUACAUGUGGUCAGGCGAGACACAUCGUUUAGGUUUAUACCUGGUCACUUAAAUGAGUCUCCUGUGACCAUUUGUGUUCAAAUUCAAAGAUUUCAUGAUGACAUACAUCAAUCAUUAUGUCAGUGUGUUACUGCAUGACAUUUAAGCACUGUAAUUUGUCUGAAAAGACAAAGAAAACGUAUAAAACCGUCAACCUGUUUCUCCCAGAUGCAGCUGAAAGUUAAUCUAAGCACAAACACAGCAUUUCGAGUGAAAUUGUUAGUUAUUUUAGUGUAUUACCGGUAUGAAAGGAGCUUCAGCUGUGUGUGCUUGUCAUCUGUGUUCCUGCAUGUUGAUAUCAGAUAUACUGAAGAUGUUCUGUGAAGUUCUCAUGCUUGUGUAUAUAUCUACUUUUUUCAUUUUCAGAUGGUUAUUUCCUUUUAAACCACUCGUAACCAGCAGGUUGACUCGACAGGUGAGGAGUGGAGCUUCACUUCUGCCGUGACGCAUACAGGACGGAUUAUCAUGAAACCUAACAGCUUUAAAAUAAGAGGCAUAAUGUUGUUGUUUUUUUGUUUGUUUUUUGCACUGCAGCCAAGCAAAAUAAAACUCUUAAAAUAUAAUGACUAUGUCCACCCAGGUGAUAAAGAAUAUUCUAGGCCAGACUUUUUGAUGCCAAGAACCCCCAAAUAUAUGACGCUACCUUUCUGAGGGGACCUCUUCUUAAAAUAUAAAGGCAGCUUCAUAGUUUUGUGUAAUUUAUAAAGACCCAAUUUUACUGUCAGAAAAAUAGUAUGCAUGACCAUAUAAAAACUAAAUUAAAUAAUUGUUUUUAUAUCAUCAUUGUACUAAAGCCAAAUGAAUUGAUUAAUAUAUCUAAAAUAUUAUCUCUAAAUAAUAUUUACUUUUUAUUAAGUUUGCAAUGAAUCUAUUUAUUAUCUUAUUUUCUUCAUUAGACUAUGUUAAUAUAACCCAGAAAUACUUGUAUAAACCUGAAGAGAAAUGUUUUCAAUUAAAUUUAAAUGAGUUACAAUAAAUAAUGUUCCAAAGAAGCUUUACAGGGAAUAUGGCCUCACAACCUCCGGUGAGCAAGCUAUAGGUUAUGGAAAUGCAGUUUUGUUUUUAUUUCUUAUGGUUAAAAACCAUUGCUGUCAAUAUAAUAAAAUAAUAUUGUCGCUUUGGACGCUUUUAUCCAAAGCGACUUACAGUGCACUUAUUACAGGGACAAUCCCCCCGGAGCAACCUGGAGUUAAGUGCCUUGCUCAAGGACACAAUGGACACAGUAUCUCAAAAUAUUAGAAUAAAGAAUUUAUAAUACAGAAAUGCUGACCUUCUGAAAAGUAUGUUAAUUGAUGCACUCGAUGCUUGGUCGGGGCUCAGUUUGCAGGGAUUACUGCAUCAAUGUUGCGUGGCAUGGAGGCAAUCAGCCUGUGGCACUGCUGAGGUGUUAUGGAAGACCAGGUUGCUCUGAUAGCGGCCUUCAGCUCAUCUGUAUUGUUGGGUCUGGUGUCUCUCAUUUUCCUCUUUAAAAUACCACAUAGAUUUUCUAUAGGUUUCAGGUCAGGCGAGUUGGCUGGCCAAUCAAGCACAGUAAUACCAUGGUCAGCAAACCAGUUACUAGUAGUUUUGGCACUGUGGGCAGGUGCCAAGUCCUGCUGGAAAAGGAAAUCAGCAUCUCCAUAAAGCUUGUCUGCUGAAGGAAGCAUGAAGUGCUCUUAAAUCUCCUGGUAGACUGCUGCAUUGACUCUCGACUUAAGAAAACACAGUGGACCAACACCAGCAGAUGAUGCACCCCAAAUCAUUACUGACUGUGGAAACUUCACACUGGACUUCAAGCAACUUGGAUUCUGUGCAUCUCCACUCUUCCUCCAGACACUGGGACCUUGAUUUUCAAACGAAAUGCAAAAUUGACUUUCAUCUGAAAAUAUGACUUUGGACCACUGAGCAAUAAUUAUUUCCAGUAAUUUGUGCAAAAAGAUUGAGUGCAUAAAUUAACAUACUUUUCAAAAUUUUGACAUUUCUGUAUUAUAUAUUCUUUAUUCUAAUAUUUUGAGACACUGGAUUUUUGAUUUCCAUGAACUGUAAACUGUAAUAUUCAAGAUUAAACCAAAAAAGGUAAAUGUAUAACAAAAUAAAUGUAUAACGAAUCUAGAAUAGAUGAAGGUUCCACCUUUUGAAUUAAAUUACUGAAAAAAAACGAUGCACCUGUAUAUAUUAGUAUUCUUGUGAACCAGUCCAUGUUGAUUUAUUGAAUUGAAUAUAUUUGUUUUAAAAUGAUGCCAUUGAGUAAUCUAAUCCGUGUGUGCCUGUUAUGUCUGUUUUAAGUCUAGUUAUCCUGAGUGUGUCUGACAGUGUUCUGGAGGCUAAUUUUGUCCUCGCUACACUUUCGGAGGACUCUCAUCUGAAGAACCAUGUCAACAGCAACCCAAAAUGUCCUGAGACCAAGCAACCACCAGAUGACUUCAUGUCUGAUGACAUGGACACAUUUCUCAUCGCCUUGGAGACCAGUGAACUUCCUGGGCCAUCACAUGCACCCACCUUCCUACCUCGUACCACCAAUAACAGAAAGCACCCAUCCAGUGAAGAAGAAGAGGAGGAUGAAGUGCAGGAGGAAGCACUUAAAAAUAGACCUCCAAAUAAAAAGUUUUGUUCCCUUUUCUUCAGUUCAGUUCUGCCCACUUCCUCUCAGCUGACCAAUCAGAUGGUACACAGCCAGAAAGUGCUCGCAAGUGACAGUGAUGAUGAACAUUAGACAGAACAAACAACAUCCCUUCAUCAAACUAGUGCCUAUAAUCA